AUGGUGCCCCCGGGGAAGAAACCAGCUGGAGAGGCCUCCAACUCCAAUAAGAAGUGCAAGCGUUACUUCAACGAGCACUGGAAAGAGGAGUUUACCUGGCUGGACUUUGACUAUGAGCGGAAGCUGAUGUUCUGCCUUGAGUGCCGCCAGGCCCUGGUCCGGAACAAGCACGGCAAAGCGGAGAACGCCUUCACCAUGGGCACCGACAACUUCCAGCGCCAUGCCUUGCUGCGCCAUGUGACCUCGGGGGCUCACCGCCAGGCUCUGGCCAUGAACCGGGGCCAGCCCACUUUUGAGGGCCAGUCUGAGGAAGGAGGGGCCUCCCCAGGCCUGGCGACCACCCCUACCUCCAGGGGCAUCAAGGUGGAGGUGGACCCUGCCAAAGUGGCUGUGUUGACCACGGUGUACUGCAUGGCCAAGGAGGAUGUGCCCGACGACCGCUGCUCUGCCCUCCUCGAGCUACAAAGGUUCAACUUGUGCCAGGCGCUGCUGGGCACGGAGCGUGGUGAUGACUACAGUCCCAGGAGGGUGAGGGACAUGCAGGUGGCCAUGGCCAGUGUCUUGCACACAGAGGCUUGCCAGUGCCUGAAGGCAUCCCCAUAUGUGGGGCUGGUGUUGGACAAGACCAGAGACUGGCCCGAGUCCCACAGUCUGGCCUUGUUUGCCACGUCGGUGUCCCCCUGUGAUGGCCAGCCUGCCACCACCUUCCUGGGCAGUGUGGAGCUACAGGAGGGCGAGGACACUGCUGGCCAACUCCUGGACAUCCUGCAGACCUUCGGCGUGUCUGCAGCCAAGCUAGCCUGGCUCAGCUCAAGCCUCCCCAGUGACUGCCUGGGGAGCGUGGGCCUGCAGCUCCGGGCCACCUGCCCGCUGCUCACGGAGCUGCACUGCCUCCCUGGCCGGCCAGAUCCUGAGCCCCCUGCCUACCUAGGUGAAUAUGAAAGUGUCCUGGAUGCCCUAUUCCGCCUCCACGGUGGUCCCAGUUCCCACAUGGUCCCUGAGCUGCGGGCAGCCCUGGACCUUGCAGCCAUCGACUUGGCAGGACCACGGCCAGUGCCCUGGGCCUCCUUGCUGCCUGUGGUGGAAGCAGUGGCUGAGGCGUGGCCUUGCCUGGUGCCCACCCUGGAGGCCUCUGCCCCAGCCUCACCAACAGCCGGGGCACUGGCCCUCGCCCUGCGCCAGUUCACCUUCGUGGCCUUCACCCACCUGCUGCUGGACACUCUGCCCUGCGUGCAGAAGCUCGCCCUCGUCCUGCAGCCGGAAGACCCACACCUGGCCUUGCUGCAGCCCCUGGUGAUGGCAGCUGCGGCCUCCCUCCAGGCGCAGCGAAGCUCCGGUGGCGCGCGCUUCCAGGGCUUCCUGCAGGAGCUGGCGUCCUCCGGUCCCGACUUGGGCGGUGAGCACUGUACCUACCGCGGCCUGGAGUUGGUCGGCUACUCCGAGGCUGCGGUCCAGGACUUGGAGCGGCUGCGGGGGGCCUUCUUGGACUCCAUGCAGAAAGGGCUGCGGGACUCCUACCCCGGGCCCUCGCUGGAUGCCGUGGCCGCCUUCUCGGCGAUCUUCGAUCCCCGCCGCUACCCGGAGACACCCGAGGAGCUGGGCGCGCACGGCGAGGGGGCGCUGCGGCUGCUGCUGCGCGCCUACGCCCCGGCGGUGGUGCGGCCGCGCGCGCUCGGCGACUUUGCGCUCUUCAAGCGCGUGGUCCGCAGCCUCGGGCGGCUGGGCCCGCGGGCUCUGUGCGCCAGACUGGCGUGCGCCCACUCGGAGCUGCACGAGCUCUUCCCCGACUUCGCUGCCCUCGCCACCCUGGCCUUGGCGUUGCCGGCGGGCGCCGGCCUCCUGGACAAGGUCGGCCGCAGCCGGGAGCUGCGGUGGUGGGGGCAAAACGGGGCCGGGGAAAGCCGGGGCGACCCUGUGGUCAAGAUCGCUGUGGAUGGGCCUCCGCUACACGAGUUUGACUUUGCGCUGGCCGUGGAGUUUUUAGAGAGUGGGUGGGGGGAGGGGGUGCUGGGGUCGCAGCUCACGUGA